AUGAUGGACGUAGUACGGGAAAAAAAUAAAAACUAUGAUUUUAGCGAUUCGUACGAACCCAGAACUUUUAUAGAAGCAGAAACAAAUGCUGCAAAUGGUGUGAGCUGCUCUAUUGACAACACAAAUGAGGCAAACGGAACGAGUAUAGAUAUAACGAAUGAACGAUACAUUAUAUGGAGAAGAAACACGCCAUUUUUAUACAACGCACUUUUAAAAAACAAACUAGAUUGGCCAUCGUUAACAGUUGAAUUUAUAGGAAGUGAGAACUCAUUGAAAUCCAAAACGAACUAUUUUACAAAUAAAAUUCUUUUAGGUACACAUACAUCUAAUCAAGACUCCGAAUAUGUAUACAUUGGGGAAGUAAAGGCACCCCUUUACUCAACAAAAGAAGAUGUAUUGCAGUAUGAGAAUUACACAGGAUUUAUUAAUAACAAGAAAAAAAAAAAAUGUUAUCCAUUACCGUCCUUUGAAAUAAAGGCGAAAUUGUUACAUCCAGGGGAGGUCAUAAGAGCUACACAUCUACCAAGUAAUUCAUUUUAUAUCGUUACACAGACGUAUAAUGGAAAUAUCUUAUUAUUUGAUUACACAAAACAUCCAUCCUUCCCAUCAGAUACAUCCACAUGUUAUCCACAAAUGAUUUUAAAGGGGCAUACUAGUGAAGGGAAUGGUCUGUGCUGGAAUAUCAACAGGGUAUAUGACAGUUGUGGAAAGCACACAAAUGUUUUUAACGAGCCGAAUGAUUCGUUCGAAAUAGAUGCAACAGAUGCAGCUGAUGCAACUGACGUAACAGACACAACAGCCAGGUUAGAGGCAACGGAGAAUGAAGAUGAUAACUUUGGAGAUGUCAACACAAGCAAUUUACUACUGGCUUCAUGCGGAGCUGAUGGAAGUAUAUGUCUUUGGGACAUAAACAAAGGGGCAAAGAGCAAUGACGUACCAAGAACUUAUGGAAUAAAUAAAACUGGUAAAAACGCAGAUUAUAAUAUAAAAAUGUAUGAAAAUACACCAACUUUAAAUCCAUUAUGUACAUGGAUAAAUAAGAACAAGGAAACCUCACUAAAUGACAUUUUUUUUCAUCCCAAAUUUAAUAAUGCUUUGGGUGUGUGUGAUGAUAAUGGAUGUAUGAGUUUAUACGACAUAAGAGUAAAGAAUUUUUUUACAAAACCUGAAGUAAAUUUUAAAGAUCAUAAUGAACCAAUAAAUACCUUUUCUUUUGAUUUUUUUUCUGAAUUUAUUUUUUCAUGUGGAUAUAGUGAUGGGUUAAUUUCCAUUUGGGACAUGAGAUAUAACAAAGAGUCUCUUCUUAAAUUAGAUUAUCAUACACAAAGUAUUAACAGAGUGAAAUUCUGCCUGAUGCAAUCAGGUAUUUUUGGAUCAUGCUCAGACGAUGGCACCGCUUGUAUUUGGGACAUUUCUAGAAAUUCAACAAAUUAUCAACAAGUUAGAAAACUAGAAGAUGAUAUUUACAACAAUCCUAAGAAAAUACCAAAACAGUUAUUAUUUGUACACGGUGGGCAUGUUGGAAGUGUCUACGAUAUGUCUUGGGCUAACGGCAACACUUUUUUAGUUGCUACAGUUGGAGUGGACAACUCUCUACAGGUUUGGCAUAUGAAUGAACAGUUCAUAUUUCAGUAA